AUGUUGAAUGCUUUUCGCACAAGAAACAACUGUGAAAUAGAGGCAAAGUUUAUCCAAAAUCGAAUACAUACAGUAGAGAAGAACAUUUCAGAGCUUUGUAAUGUUUUUGCACAGUAUUCUAGGAAAGCAGCCAGGGUACGGGACAAAGGUGAUGAAAUCGCAAAAACUGCGCUAACUUACGCCGAGACUGAAACCGUUAACCAGUCUCUUUCCAACGCCCUAGAAAGUUUCGCUGAAUCGCUGAGUGCUUUAGGUGACUAUGGCGAUGCCAGGGCUCAAACAAUUGACGCAAAAGUAGUAUCGGAGCUUUCUAAGUAUGAGCAAAUCUGCAAAAACGUUAAGGAAGAGGUCAAGGAAAUAUAUGCAAUCAGAGACAGGGAAUUGACUCGUAGGAGACAAUUGGAUAGAAUCAGGGAGAGGAACCCUAGACAGAGACAACAGAUUAUUCAAGCAGAAACUGAUUUGGUCAAAGCCACAGCUGAAGUUUCCAAAUCCAUACAUAAUCUCGAAGAAAAAACUACAAGAUUCGAGAAGCAAAAACUGCAUGAUAUAAAGAAAAUACUUCUAGACUUUAUAUCUGUUGAGAUUGGCUAUCAUGCUAAGGCUUUGGAGAUUUUUACCAAAGCUUAUAAUGAUGUUAACAGUAUCAACGAAGAGCGCGACCUAGAGGAUUUCCAUCACAUUAGAGGACAACUACAGAGCUGAGGAAGUCUCUCCAUGCUUCAGACAAAAUGCAGCAUAAUAAAUCCAUAAGCAAACGCCAAAUAUUUAGAUCAUCAGGCUCUUUAGGAUCCUUGGGCACCAUUUUCAAAACUAACAGCAGCAGAAGACCUGGUACUCCGGAUUCAAAGAAGUUUUCGAAAAGUGAAGAAACUUUGGAUUCAUUGAAGCAUAGCUUUUCCGAAUCUGCCGUUUCCGAUGAAGACAGCGAAGAGGAGAACACAUCCAGUGAUGAACAUAAAGAGUCUCCCAUCAUGGUUCGGAAGAGCAUGAAGCCAGUGGGUUGAAGUCUCAUUUGUAAUUAUUGUUUGAAAUAAAUCUUUUGUAGUACACAGUUUUAUCUUAAAAAAACGUGAUAAUUUUUAGUUGUUUUAUGAUCACUGGAGACCAAACCUUUUCAUUUCAAAUAGACAAAUGGAAAUCUACAAUCAAAUAAAC